CAAACCGACGCAUCGCGCAAACACAGAACCUUCGGAUGUCGACUUCGUCGCCGGCGAUGGCGUCGCCGCCGCCGCCACCACGGCACGAGCUCGACCUCGACGCCUUCCUCCCCUCCUCUCCAACCUCCUCCACAGCCUCCGACGCCGACCACCGCCGCGCCGUGGACGAUCUGCUCCUCCUCCUACCCUCGUCCGACUCCGAUGCCGAGGAGUCCAGCCCUAUUCCCAGCACCAGCAGAGAAAUUUUAGCGCGUCUCCGAGCCCCACCGCCGCCCGCGUCUUCCCCUAAACCGUCGCCGUCGCCUUCUCCUACCCCAUCCGCGUCCGCGUCCCCGAGGAGAUCCGCAUCCGCCUCGUCGUCGGAGACCCUCUCUUCACUAGUUUCGAGAACCUUCUCGAGCAACGGUGCCUCCUCCUCGUCGUCGAAGCCGCUCCCCUCGCUCUUCCGCGGCGUCCGCCCCAGCCCAAAGCCAGGCGCCGCGCUAGCCGCUGCUGCCGCAGCAUCCCGCGCCGUCCUCACCCCGCACGCCGCUGCCAUUAAGUCCCGCCGAUCAGUCUCGGCGCCUGUCGAGAAGCUCCUGGAGGAUGGCAGUGGCUCAGAAGCCUCCGAGGAGCUCCCUUCCACUGGAAGCUUGGAAGCAGAGGUAGAAGAGAAGCGGAAUGUGGAAGUGGUUGCUGAGGCGACCAAUCAAACUGCUGGUGGGAGUGGGGGUGAGGAAUUGGAAGAGGAGAAACAUGGAGAAGUGGGAACUAAAGAGAAUUCUGAGCCUACGAAGCUGGUGGAGGCAGUUACUCUGGAUUCUGUAGUUGCGGAGGAUUUCAGUGGGCAUGAGCAGGUUGAUGAUGGCAAUUUGGCAGAAAUCAACCAAGUUGGGAAUCGAAUUGGUGCUCUCGAUAAUGAGGAAAAUGCAGACGACCAAAUCAGAGCUGAUAAUUGCUUGGAGUCUGGUCAGGGUGUGUAUCCAGUUGCGGCUGUUUCCAAGGAAAUUUUUUAUGACGACCAGGAAGCUGAAGGAUCCGACAGUGUCAUGGAAGAGCAAGUGGAAUCUGAGAGCGACAUUGAUAAGGUGAUCGAAGAAAGGAUGGAGCAAUUGGAGAUCAGCAGGAAGGCUGAGAAGAAUGCAGAGAAGAAGCUGAAGGCGUCAAUGAAACCGUUGGAGUGGGCAGAGGAGCUUGAGAAGAGGCAGGCCUCGUUUGGGCAGCACUGGGAGGAGGGAGCAGCUGCGCAACCCAUGCAACUAGAGGGGAUUGGAAAGGGCCCACCAGCUAUCGGAUACAUGCAAAUUGAGAUGGAUAACCCUUUAACUCGUGCUAUAGCCUCACCGUCGUUUCGGACGGACCAUGGCUCUCCCCAGGUGCUGGCAGUUCAUAGGAGCUAUAUAGCGAUGGGCACGUCUAAAGGUGCUGUCAUCAUCAUUCCAAGCAGAUACUCCAUUCAUCAAGCUGAUGAUACAGACGCAAAGAUGCUGUUGUUUUGGAACCAAGGUGAGAAGACUCAAUCACCAGUGACUGCCAUGUGCUUUAACCAGCAAGGGGAUCUUCUACUAGUAGGAUAUGGUGAUGGUCACAUGACAAUUUGGGAUGUACAGAAAGCUGCGGCAGCAAAAGUCAUAUACGGUGAGCAUACAGCACCAGUAGUGCAUGCUUGUUUUAUCCGCCAAUCUAAAGCCAUCACUGGUGAUUCAAAAGGGGUAGUUCUAUUGCACACAUUUUCCAUUAUCCCUGUGAUUAAUCGCUUGACUGUCAAGGCAACCCAGCGCCUUUUUGAUGGAAAUACGGGAAUUGUGCUCUCAGCCUGUCCUCUUCUAGUGGAUGAAUCCUUUGGUUUUAGCAACUCAUCUGCCCAGGGAAACCAAACAACUUCCUCUGGUGGUGGUCUUGGCAGCAUGAUGGGAGGUGUUGUUGGAGGUGUAGUUGGAGUAGAUUCCGGAUGGAAGUUUUUCAAUGAAAGUUCUUCUCCAAUGGAGGAUGGUGUUGUAGUCAUGUUUAUUAUGCAUCAACAUGCUCUUGUGGUUAGACUCCGUACCAACAUUGACCAUGUUGACCAUAUUGAGACCUUCUCUAGACCAGAUGGAGCACGAGAGGGCUCCAUCGCUUAUGCUGCAUGGAAAUACACAUCAUCCUUGAGUGAUUCAUCAUCACUAGAUGAAGAACGACUAUCGUGGCUUGCACUUGCAUGGGACCGCCAAGUGCAAGUGGCGAAGUUUGUUAAAGCAAAGAUAGUUAAACACAAGGAAUGGAAGCUUGAUAGUGCAGCUGUUGGUGUCGCCUGGUUAGAUGAUCAGAUGUUAGUUGUCCUUAAUUUGAGAGGACAGCUCUGUUUGUUCUCUAAAGAUGGCAGUGAGCUUCGCAGAACCACCUUUGUUCCUGAUGGCCUUGUGUUUGAUGACACCAUUCUGCACCAUGCACAUUUUUCUAACAGGUUUGGUAACCCAGAGAGGCAUUUUAACAGUUCGGUAGCAGUAAGAGGUGCUACAGUGUAUAUUAUUGGGCCAACCUUUCUCACAGUUUCCCGACUUCUUCCGUGGAAAGAACGCAUUGAAGCACUAAAGAGGGCCGGUGACUGGAUGGGUGCACUGGACAUGGCAAUGAGGCUUUAUGAUGGUCAAACGCAGGGUGUCGUUGAUCUCCCGAGAACAGUUGAUUCUAUUAGAGAAGCCAUAAUGCCGUACUUAGUAGAGUUGCUGCUAUCAUAUAUCAGUUAUGUCUUCGAAUAUAUUUCAAUUGCAUUGUCAAAUCAUACCGGGAAAUGGGGAGAAUCAGAUGGCCUGAUAGAGGCUGAUAGAUCCUUGUUGACACAAAGAGAGGAACAAUAUGCUCGUGUAGGAGGGGUUGCAGUUGAGUAUUGUGUCCACAUUGGGCGUAAUGACAUCCUUUUCGACACGGUCUUCUCAAAGUUUGUUGCUGCACAAAGUGGGGGUAUAUUUCUGGAGGUACUAGAGCCCUAUAUAUUGAAGGAUAUGCUUGGUUCUUUGCCACCUGAGAUUAUGCAAGCGCUAGUAGAGCAUUAUGGUGGCAAAGGAUGGUUGCAGCGAGUUGAACAAUGCAUUCUUCAUAUGGAUAUUUCUUCAUUGGAUUUUAAUCAGGUAGUCAGACUGUGUCGUGAACAUGGGUUGUAUGGUGCACUAAUUUAUUUAUUUAACCAAGGUUUGAAUGAUUUCCGUACUCCUUUAGAGGAACUUCUAUCAGUCAUUCAGAACGCCAAUAGAAAAGAUGCUUCUUCUACUUGCUACAGGAUGCUUGUUUAUCUGAAAUAUUGCUUUCAGGGCCUGGCAUUUCCUCCAGGGCAUGGAAUAAUUCCCCAAUCCCGCCUUCUCUCAGUGAGAGAAGAACUUCUGCAAUUUCUGCUUGAGGAGUCUAAGUCGCUCACUUCUGAAGUAUUUAAGGGUUUCAAUGCUUCUUGCGGAAAAUGCCCCAAAAUAUGCUAUCUGCUAUGGAUGGAUACAGAAGCCACUCUGGAAGUUCUCAAAUGUGCUUUUGCACAGGACAGUUUUGAACCUAGAGAUGGCCCUUCUAGUACUAUUGAUGCAUCUGUCUCAGAGGAUGACGAGGGUAUUAAUGCUGGAAGCCCAGAGACUCGAAAUACUAUGGUACAAAAUGUAGUGGACGCCAUCAUUGACAUUGUUGGUUUGGAAAAUGAGGUGAUUCGAUCCAUUGUUACGGGUACUGCUGAGUCAGAAUUUUGGCCUUCAGAGAAGGAAUUUGGUUAUAUAAUCGAGUUUGUGUCCUCUUUUGUCUCCAGCAAAAGGGCUAAUGCAUCUAAAAGAGUUGUUAUGCACAUUCUUACUUAUCUCACUUCGUCAUAUGAUGAUACAAGAACGCCAACUCAGAAAGAAAAAGAAGUUCUUCAAGUCUUUAAUGCAGUUCCCCGAAAUGACUGGAAUUCUAAUUUUGUCUUGAAUCUCUGUUUAGAUGCUCAUUUUUAUCAGGCCUGUGGCUUGAUAUUUACGACUAGAAAUCAGAAUUUGGCUGCAUUAGAUAGUUACAUGAAGGAUAAAGAGGAACCAUUCCACACUUUUAUCUUCAUCAAUAAAAAGUUGUUCGAAUUGGCGGAUGAUGAAGCGUCAUCAUUUCGUUCCACAGUAAUAUCUCGUUUUCCUGAGCUAGUCAAACUAAGCAGGGAGUGUGCAUUUGUCUUAGUCAUUGAUCAUUUCUAUGAUGAGAUCCAGCAAAUAAUGGCAGAGCUUCGUUCUGAUCGAUACAGCCUAUAUCUUUUCUUGAAAACUGCUAUUGAAGUACAGUUGUCAGGAAAACUUGAUUUCAAUGAGCUUAGUGUCAGAAACAAUCAAACUGUUGAACUUCAGUACUCUUCCACUGACAUUGAAGGUUAUCUGCAGAGGUUAUCAAAUCUCCCCAAGUUAGACCACAAUCCUGUUUCAAUCAAUGACGAGUUAGUUGAACUAUAUCUGGAGCUUUUGUGUCAGUAUGAGCGAAGGUCGGUUCUGAAGUUCCUGGAGACUUUUGACAGUUACAGAUUGGAGCGGUGUUUGCAUCUUUGUCUAGAUUAUGGUGUUACAGAUGCUGCUGCAUUUUUACAAGAGAGGGUUGGUGAUGUUGGGAGUGCCCUUGCACUUGUUCUAGCUGGACUUGAUGAGAAAAUCAGCCUAUUUAUCUCUUCUGUGGAAAAUUCUUUCUCUGGUGUUGCAUCAAAAAGUAUCUCCGAGACUAAGCAACCAGACAAUUUUCUAGAAAUGAGUGAGGCCCAUCCCGUGCUUGAUGCAUUACAUACCUCCAUUGGAUUGUGCCAAAGGAAUUCACAGCGCUUGGACCCAGAGGAGUCUCAGUCCCUUUGGUUCCAACUGCUUGACUCCUUCUCAGAGCCACUGAAAAAGUUGUACGGAAGCAAGGAUGCAAAAUGUGCCCGGUCCAAGGGGAGUGAAACACCAAAUGAACAGCCAAAGGGAAAAAAACUAUCACAGCAAGUGAGGAUUUCGGCUAAAGAAAGUUGCUUGAAUGCUCUGUGGAAAAUAUUUUCACAAUUUGUUGGAGAAAUAAUAGAGGCAAUGGCUGGGUAUAUACCCCUACCAGCAAUCAUGGCAAAAUUAUUAUCCGACAAUGGAAGUCAAGAGUUCGGUGAUUUCAAACUUGUGAUACAUAGAAUGUUGUCUAUGUAUCUUUACGAAAAAAGAAUACUGGAAACAGCUAAGUCGGUAAUUGAGGAUGACUCAUUUUAUACUUUGAGCGUACUAAAGAGAGGAGUUUGUCAUGGAUUUGCUCCGCAGACUUUUGCAUGUUGCAUAUGCAACUGCUCACUUUCGAAAGAAGGUGCUAUGUCAGCCAUACGGUUAUUCAGUUGUGGGCAUGCAACACAUCUUCACUGUGAGUCUGAGCAAAGCAGAUCAUCCAAUAGGGAAUCCAAAGAUGGAUGCCCUAUCUGUCUCUCAACAAGUAGUGCACAAGCCCGGAACAAAUCACCUAUAUCUGAGAAUGAGCUUGUGAAUUAUUCUGGGGCUGAAAAUGAAGUAUCACAUGGCAUACAUCACAUUCAUGAAGCAGAUCAUGCUGAGAGAUCUCGUGGGCUUCAACACAUGUCACGGUAUGAAAUACUGAAUAAUCUUCAGAAAGCACAGAAGACCUUUCAUAUAGAAACUGUACCUCCAUUGAAACUUUCACCACCAUCUAUAUAUCAUGAAAAGAUACAGAAGAGGACCAUUUUGGCGGGGGAGCCCAGCAAACAUUCAGUUAGAAGUCAAAAGCCCCAGAAAAUAUGGCAAAUGAAGGAACAAAAAUCAAAACAAACAGGGACUCGGCUUCCGCAAAAGUCAAGUGUACUCCGUUCUCAGAAAAGUCAACUACCGUAGUGUAAAGAUUGUAUGGAACCAGAUUCAAACUGAUUAUCGAUUUGCUUCAUGUCAUCGCGGCUAUUGAAGCUUAAAGGGUUAUUGGUUUGUGAGUGUGGUCGAGCUGCUCAUCAGUACAUAAUUUUCAUCUUGGUGAUGCGUCCAAGUGUUUUGGUCCUUUUGGAGUAGUGCCAUUCUUUUUCUCCCUAUACCCUGAUCAAAGGUUUUGUGGAAUUCGUAUUUAGGAUGCUUUGAGCAAGGGAGGAGGGAAUUCGUAUGAAACCAAGGCGAGAGCAUAUAAACUCGACCCCGUGAGGCUGUAACUUGGAGCUAGAGUAAUUUGUAACAGAAACUUUCAUGUAGUUCAUCGUGACGGGUUCCUGUCCUGUACAGAGCUUACACGUGAUGGCAUGAUCCUUAGUCCAUAUACUUCACUUCACGGUGACUUGCUUCAAUUCAUUGUAAAAUUAGUAUAAAGGCAGCACCUCUGGCAUGUAUAGCAUGAUGAGUAACCACGACUAUUGAUACUAAAACCCCUUAGCCGAGCUGGUAUAUUUUUGGCUUUGAUAUCAACGCAACUGAUCGCACUGGCGUACAGAACAGUGUCUUUCUCUCUCUUUGGAUAUAAUAAGACACAGAACUACACUU